AGACUUCUUGUCCAGCCAACGCCUUCUUGUGACUUGUGAAGCCAGCUUUUUAUUUCCUGGCUUGCGAAGAUGUGUUCGGAUUGAAUUGCCGUGUCGUACGUAUUUCGUGAGAAGCCUCCGCGAUGGAGUACAGCCGUUUAACUCCGUGUGAAGGAGACUGGAAGGAUCUUGCUGAGGAGUACGUUAGCCUGCAGGCCCUGCACAAGGAUUACACGGAAAGCUUGGACCUUGUGGAAAAAACCCGUUCAAAAUUCGAAAAGGCGCUGACGCACCAGAAGUACCGGUUAAGGUGCCUGAAGUCAUCUCUUAAAAAGAUCGAUUUGUCCGGUGAUGAAGACAAAGUUCGGAAAGUGGAUUUUGAAAAGGAUAUCAGCCGACGGGAUGCCCAGCUUCAGGCCAUGGAAGGCUUCUUACCGAAGAAGAAUGGCUUCUACCUGAGCAUUAUUCUUGGUUCGGUCAAUGUAUCCAUCCUCAACGAAAACGGACGGUUCAAGUACAAAGAGGAGUACGAGAAGUUCAAGUUGUCCGUGACGCUAAUCGUACUUUGCAUGGCAGUCCUCAACCUUGUGAUCCAAAACACCGUGUUCGACUUGUUGUUCAUGUUCCUUCUGGUUUGGUAUUACUGUACGCUCACCAUUCGUGAAUCAAUUUUGCGAGUGAACGGUUCACGCAUCAAGGGAUGGUGGAGACUGCAUCAUUUCAUCGCCACAGUCAUGUCCGGCGUUCUUUUGGUGUGGACCAGUUCACCGAGUUACCUGAAGUUCCGAUCACAAUUUGUGUACUUCAACAUAUACAUAGGAGUUGUCCAGUACGUGCAAUUCCACUACCAGAAAGGCUGUCUGUACCGAUUGAAAGCACUGGGCGAUCGGUACAGCAUGGAUAUUACCAUAGAGGGAUUCCAUUCGUGGAUGUGGAAAGGCCUGUCAUUUCUUUUCCCUCUCUUGUACCUUGGAUACUUCUUCCAAUUGUACAAUGCGUAUGUCUUGUACGAAAUGUCCAAGGAACCCGAGGCACCUUGGCCGAUUUCUAUCUUAAGCGGGCUUUUCUUCGUCGUUUUCCUGGGAAACAUGUUUACCACGUCAACCGUGAUUCGUGAGAAAAUGUGGCAGAUGUUCAAGAAGGAGCUCAAGAAACGUAUGGCCAACAUCGACAAAGUCAGCUGGAAUCACCGGAAAAGUAAAGCGAAUACCCCAGAAAAGUCUCCCGAAGCUGAUUCCACGGGUGACGCGAAGGCGGGUGGGGACAGUGGAAAAAAGACGGAAUGAUCUUUUUCCCCGAUCACUUGUGGGAGGUGUAAAACAUUCCAGAAUUCCGCCAUGUCUCGAGCGCUCCAACGAUUGAUUUUCGUUCUGAAUUAUCAACGAGAUUGAGUAAACUAGUUUUCUUUUGGGCUCUGUCGGCUUUCUGAUAUGAAAUUUACGGGGUAUUCUUCGUGCAGUUUCAGAGAAACAAAAACCGAUGAGGGGUGGGUUGAGACAAAGCUUUUUUUUUGCCAAUUCCAGCGUCGUGCGGGCUGCAUGUGGAUUUUGUUGAAUUGGCGCGGGUGGGCUAGCAUUUUUUGGGCGGAUGCAAUGGUCGUCAUCUGCGGUAUUAGGGAAAUGUGAAACGGUUUCUUGGAA